UAAUUUCUAGAUGUUGGUCUCUACAAUUGUUGCUGUGGUGCUAGGAUUGAUCGUCCACCUCUAUAUUUCUGUGGUGGCAAAGCCGAGCAAGAUACAGAAAGCGUUGAACAAACAAGGAAUAAAGGGUCCCCCACCAAAGAUCCUCCUCGGCAACAUCCUCGAGAUCAAGAAAUCCCGGGACGCAGCCGCGAACACGCCUUCCGAAGCCCUCCACAACACCGCCUCCGUAUUCCCAUUUUUAGAGGAAUGGAGGAAGCAAUACGGUAAACUAUUCACGUUUUCUAUGGGAAGUCUGCAAGUGCUAUAUGUGAGCGAUCCAAAUAUUGUGAAGGAGAUUGCAACAACGACGUCGCACGACUUAGGGAAGCCUGCUUACCAGCAGAAAACACUUGGUCCACUUCUUGGCCAGGGCAUCGUCACGUCCAACGCUGCGAUCUGGGCACGACAGAGAAAGAUCAUAGCUCCCGAGUUGUACAUGGACAAAGUUAGGGGAAUGAUGGGAAUAAUCACUGAAUCGGCCGACAUAGUGGUGAAUACUUGGAAGCAAGAAAUCGAAGGCCACAAUGGUGGAGUUCUCGACAUCGCUGUGGACAGUUAUAUGAAGAGAUUUUCGGGAGAUAUUAUUUCAAGAGCUUGUUUUGGGAGUAAUUAUGCUAAAGGGCGUGACAUUUUUUUGAAGCUUGAGGCUCUCCAAAAGCUUGUGUCCAAGAAAUUCACGAGUGUCGGCCUUCCCGGAUUAAGGCAUCUUCCGACAAAGAGCAAUAGGAAGAUUUGGGGUUUGGAGAAGGAAAUUCGGUCAUCAAUACUGAAGCUAGUAAAGGAGAGAAAAGAAAUUGGAUGUGAGAAGGAUUUGCUGCAAACUCUUGUUGAAGGAGCAAAGGGGACUUAUUCAACGACAUCUGCGAUGGAUCAGUUCAUCGUUGAUAACUGCAGAAACAUAUACUUAGCUGGCUUUGAGACAUCUGCUGUUUCAGCUUCUUGGUGUUUAAUGCUGUUAGCAUCGGACCCCGAGUGGCAAACGCGCAUUCGGGAAGAAGUAGAGCAAGUCUGUCGGGGCCGAGUCCCUGACUUAGACAUGCUACGUGAGAUGAAUCAGCUACACAUGGUGAUUCAAGAAACAAUGAGGUUGUAUCCCCCGGCGCCAACCCUGGGUAGGGAGGUGUCGAAAGACUGGAAGUUAGGGAACGUGCACGUGCCUAAGGGCGCGAACGUGUGGACCAUGGUGGCCACGUUGCAUACAGACCCUGACAUAUGGGGUCCAGAUGCUCUCCAAUUCAAGCCGGAGAGGUUCCAAAAUGGGAUCUCGGGUGCUUGCAAGAGCCCCAAGUGCUACAUGCCCUUCGGGUUUGGACAGCGUGUGUGUGUCGGGCAACAUCUGGCCAUGGUGGAGCUUAAGUACCUCAUGGCUCUAAUCAUCUCCAACUUCUCCUUCACUUUGUCUCCCAACUAUGUCCAUAAGCCAGAGAUGACGAUUAAUAUAGAGCCUAAGCAUGGAGUUCACAUUUUAAUUAACAAGAUAUAAUUAAGAUCAGUACGUACAAGUUGCUUUUUUUUUGUUGGCUAAUCUUUUAGUUAAGUUUGUGCGCAUAUGAGUGUCUUUUUCCUUCUUCUUU